CUGAAUUUUACUUAGUUACGUGUCUACAUAAGGUUAGCUCAUUUGAUGGUAAAUUUUGUGACCGAGAGCUUGGGACGAGUUUGGGAUUAUUGUGGGGAAAAAAUUUGUUGUUACGUGAAGUUAAGGUAAUUUUAUAAAGUAAUGAUGAUGAUUUCUGGUGGUGGUGGUGGGGAAAAUUGAUGAUUUUUUAACACAUUUCUUGAGCACGUUGUCGUCUAUCGUUUUUAAUAUAAAAAGACAAUGGGGAGAAAUUGCGCAAUUUCAAGUUGUCCAAACAGAAAAGGAAAGCCUUCUCAUAAAGUCCACGCAUUUCCCAAUGCGAAACAUGCUCUCCUCCGGACCACUUGGAUUUCCAGAACAAUUGGAACAUCAUCCCUUAAAAUUGACAACUUCGGGGUUUGCAGCCGUCAUUUCUCUUCAAAUGAUUAUGUAGCAGGUCAGGUCACCGGAAUAAAAGCUAAAGGAGGUGCCCCAGUCUUAAAGUCAAUUGCAAUACCAACUCUGAAUCUGUGGAACAGUCCAACUGGUGAGACACAACUGCCUGAUACGGAUCGUAUGCGGAUUGACAUGGGCGCACCCAUAUGUAUUGAAUUGGAUCGAAUGGAAAUGGGUGGCACAGAAAUUCAACAAACCGUGGCGAACGUCGCAAUAAAUAGCGAUGUCACCUCAAAUAAUGAACUGCAGCUUCAUAUUGAAAUUGCCAGACUAAAAUCGGAGAUUCAAGAAUGUAAAACGGCCCUUGAGUCCAAAAACAAAACCAUACGGAGUUUACGUGUCCAGAUACAGAGAAUAACAACAGAAUAACAGAAUAACAAGUGCAACUAUCCGUUCCCGUCCAUCUCAACAUUAAAAAGAUGGUUGCAAGAGGUCUCAAUUAUACCUGGGAAAAUUAUGACUCCAGUCAUGGAUGUUAUGAGAGCUAAGUUUUUGGAAAAGUCAGAAAGGGAGCGAGUUUGCGUCCUAGCCUUAGAUGAAGUGGGCAUCAAUAAGCGUUUCGUGUAUGACAAAUCCGCAGACAAAGUGUAUGGGGGACGAGACUGUGUUCCAGUUAUCACUGCAAGAGGCUUAUUUUCUUCCUGGAAGCAGAUCCUCUACUACGAUUUAGAAAACAAGACGACAGGCCAGCACAUAACAGAAGCAAUUAAAGCAUUGUUUGAUAUUGGACUGAUUGUCGCCUUCGUAUCAGACUUGGGCACGAAAAAUCAAGGACUAUGGAAGGAGUUUGGGAUAGGAAGAGUAAAAAACGGUGAAAUAGGAGCAAAUUUCCACAUCCGAGCGACCCAACUCGAAAUGUGUAUGUUUUUGCCGAUUUUCCCCAUUUAAUUAAGCUCUUGAGAAAUUUAUGAGAAGGCUUUCCUUUUCUGUUUGGACAACUUGAAAUUGCGCAAUUUCUCCCCAUUGUCUUUUUAUAUUAAAAACGAUAGACGACAACGUGCUCAAGAAAUGUGUUAAAAAAUCAUCAAUUUUCCCCACCACCACCACCAGAAAUCAUCAUCAUUACUUUA